GCCAAGAAUUUCAAUCAGAUCUACAUGGAGAACUAAGGUGUUUACAAGGCACUGCAGAAUGAGGGACCAGAUUGCUUUGCUCUGCAAGUCUGACAAAUUAGCUGAAAUGGUAUAACUGGGAGUGUUCUAACUUCUUCUCUCUUUCCCUCUGAUUGUUUCAGCACUGCAGAAUGAGGGACCAGAUUGCUUUGCUCUGCAAGUCUGACAAAUUAGCUGAAAUGGUAUAACUGGGAGUGUUCUAACUUCUUCUCUCUUUCCCUCUGAUUGUUUCAGGGUUUCCCGCCCUCUCUGGUUCUUGCUUUUUCAUGCUAUGUUAUACGGGGCAGAGUGUUGAGCGGUUAAGAAGACUCAUGUGCGUUGUUUGCAUGCGGCGGAGAUGCGGAUGUUAAGAUGGAUGUGUGGGAAGACAAGGUUGGAUAGGAUUUCGAACGAAGUUAUCCGACAUCAGGUAGGCAUGGCGCCGGUGGAGGAUAAGUUGCGGGAAGCGAGGUUGAGAUGGUUUGGGCAUGUGAGACGGCGGGACGUUGAUGCCCCUGUGCGGCGGUGCAAGAGGAUCACGGUUAUCGGGGGAAGUAGGGGAAGGGGUAGACCUAGGAAGAAUUGGAAGGAGGUGAUUAGGCAGGAUUUAGGACUUCUCACCCUUACUGAGGAUAUGGCCUUAGAUAGGAACCUUUGGAGGACUAGGAUUAGAGUAGCUGGUUAGAAGCUCAGUGCUAUAGAGGUUGAGCCGGGGGUCUCUUGGAAACAGCCUCCCUACUGGUUUGCUCAUUUUCAAUCCGAACAAAUCUGAUUGCAAUUU